ACAGCCGCGACCGCCGGCUGUCCGCACACACGUGCCGGCGCGGGAAGCACGCUGCGGGCGAGCAGGUUUCUGGCAGAGAUGCAGCUUAAAACCAUUGCGGCAUGGUUGCUCGUCACGACUGCAGUGGUUUUAGUGGUGGCCGCAGGGGAGAGACACGGUCCAGCCACCAUGAGCAAGAGCCUCCUCAGCCGCGUCUUGGACCACCUCUCCGGAAGAACUAUCCUGGACGGGCUGGCGCGCAAGCUGACCAACCUGACAGACCGCCCGAUAGACAUCUCCCGGCUGGCGGAUGGCUACAGGCAGCGCAUGCACAAGCCGCAGCGGCUGCUCGGCCUGCCCGCACUCGAUCCCCUCCGGAUGGACAGCAUGCCGCUCAACUUCGACAGCGACAUGGCCAAGGUGAGAGGUGAGGCCUGGAACGUGACGGUGGUCGGCAUCUCGGACAUGCGCGCUCGCCAGCUUCGGCUGCGGCCCCUGUCCUCCAGGGUGGACUUCGAGCUGCUCUUCCCGUCGGUCUCGGCCACCGGCAACUACCGCAUGAAUGGCACCUUCGCCAACUCGAUCCACGCCUUCGGCGAGGGGCCCUUCAACAUAACUGUUAAAGACCUGAAUGCCACGGGUUUCGUGAUCGUCACGCCAGAAGGAGACCACCUCAAGGUGAAGGAUGUCUUCGUCGAAGUGAAUCUUACCAGCCUACAGAUGGACCUUGAGGGGCUGUUGGGCGGCGGUGAGACGGGCCGGCUGCUGAGCGCCGCCAUCGGCGACGCGGCGCCGCGGCUGCUGCAGGAGCAGCGAGAAGACGCCACGCGCUACGUUUCGGCCUUCGUGCGCGACGCGCUGGACCGCCAGCUGACGUCGGUGCACGCCGCCGCCUGGACGCGCGCCUACCGCUCGCUCGUCUGCGCAGCCACCGUGGGACUCGUCUGCCGCGCGCCCACCUAACGCACAUGCGCCGAAUCCUGUGUAGC